UGAGACCAAGGGGGACAUUGCUUUCCGAGCCACCUGGCAUUCCCCUUAGGCAUUAGGAUCCAGCCACUGGAGAGAUCACACUGACCAGUGGAGACUGGAGCCGAUCCGUCCUUUCUUCUGCACAGGCGCAUUUUUCAUCAGGACCCGGGCCCUCUCUCCUCCGAAGAGUACAGGGAUAGCACCCAGGAAAAUGUUCUUGUUCCCUCUGCUGGUGCUUUUUACCGUCCUGUCACAUUCAGACUGCAAAAUAGACACUUGCCUGCCGGGGAAAUACCACAAGCCUAGCCCAGGCCCAGAACCUAACAUGAAGGCAUGUACUCUCUAUUUGAAAAAUUCCUGUUGCCCCGCCAACUUCACGGAGCUUCUGGCUCAGUCUCCAGUCAUCGGAGUCAGUGACACCUACUGGAACAGAUGUGGCACGCUCAGUAAGAAGUGUGAGGAAUACAUGAAAAAACUGGAGUGUUUUUACCAGUGUUCUCCUGCUGCUGCUCACUGGAAAGACCCAAAAAACAACCUGGGGAUGAAAUUUGUUCCGCUGUGUCAGAAUUUCUGUGAUGACUGGUUUGAAGCAUGUAAACUUGACCACACUUGUUCCCGCGACUGGCUCACCGACUGGGCCGUGGAUGAAAAAGGAAAAAAAAUAUGUCAGUCCCAGUGCCUGCCGUACAGUGAGGUUUACAAGAACGGGACGGACCUGUGUGAGAGCAUGUGGGGCCAAUCCUUCAGGGCAAUAAGUCGCUCCUGCCGCUGCCUGGAGAUGGACGGGAGGGACGAAAAGCUCCUGAAAUACAUCACGGAUGAGAGCUCCGAGGAGAGCUCCAGCCAGAGCAGCAGCGAGAACAGUAGUGGGAGCAGUGAGGAGCGGGCCUGUCGCCACAGGCGGAGGAGGCUGCAGCUGAGGAGACAGCCGAUAAAGGAGGAGGAAGAGAUAGAGUUCCAGUACAUCGUGACCGAAAUGACCUGGCUUUGAACACUUUUGAAGAUGAGGCAACAGCUCAUUUGAACUUCGCUGCAGGUGUCCAUUGCCACUGCUAAUUUCUCAGUCUUGAAAAACUGGGAAUGCCUUGUAAAACAUGUUCAUUAACCUGAAAACCGUGUUUUUUCUAUCAGAAAAUCCUCACAGAUUAGCCCAUGAACACCGAACUCUCAGUUUUUCACUGAGAGUCUUCCCUGUUCAAUUGCUGUUUAUUUGCUUUUCCUCUUCUUAGACGUGAGACAUUGAAACUAGGUCACGAUGACUGUUUAUCAGAUUACGGUCAGAUACCCUUUCUGCCUGUGAAACAUUAGCUUAGGUUUGAGCUGAAGCACCACAGGAAAAUUUAACUCAUGAUGUCUUCCUUCACUCCCGCAUGGCUUACUCUUCUAGAAAUACUAAAAAGUUAAUUCAAAAAAAUUUAAUUAUAAUUUGGACACUGUU